AUGGUUCAAUUCUCACCGCAUGGUCCGGUCAUGUCUCUGUCGCGGCCGUCGACAUGGCACUUUGAUAUUGAUCGCUUCAUCAACCCAUUUCUUCCGGCGCCAAGAUGGCAUUUGAUCCCUAAGCCGCUGGCGCAUAUGCUUGGGCACCGGGAGAAUACCCCGAAGAGCCUGGGCAAUAUCGUCCUUGCCUUUUGGUCGGUUAUUGGCGUCUUUUGUGGCCUGGCCCUGGUGGCGGAAGUAUCGAAGCGAGUGCCAUCGUUUGAAUCGAGAGAUGCACCGACAAUCAUCGGUAGUUUUGGCGCCGCCGCCGUCCUCGAAUUCUGCGCCAUCGACUCGCCCUUCUCACAGCCCCGCAACGCAAUAUUCAGCCAGAUCUUCGCCUGCACCAUCGGCGUGGGUAUCUCCAAGCUCUUCGCCCUAAGCCUGCACGCAGAGGCUUACAUCGAGCUCGGCGGUGCACUAGCCUGCGCCCUGACGGUGGGUGCCAUGGUGCUCACGAACACGGUGCACCCGCCAGCAGGCGCGACCUCGCUUCUGGCAGUGACUAACUCGCAGACCGCGGGGCUGGGCUGGUUCCUCUUUCCGGUGAUCCUGCUGGGCAUCGCGCUCAUGCAGGCUGCUGCAUUGUUGAUCAACAACAUCCAGCGCCGCUUCCCGCUGUACUGGUGGACGUCGCAUCCAUUGGCUCUGCCAGGACAGGAUGAGGAAGCGAAUCGCCCCAAGAAUGGGGAGACUAGUGUUCCUAGUCACUAUGAGGCGAGUCUGACGGACGUGCCGAGGAGAGUGGUCGUUGAGCAGGGUGGUGUUCUGAUCCCCGAUGGAGUGUACCUGAGCGAGGAGGAGAGACGGGUGCUGAUGAAGAUUAGCGAGCGUUUAUAA